AUGUCUCCGAAGAGGCGGUCAGCAAGAUCGUCCGCAGCAUCCCACAAUGUCGCGGAUUCAGUUCAGGCUCCACCGGUGUCCCCUGUCAAUGAGACUGUGACUGCAUUGACAGCCCUCUUCCCCAUCACCUCGCCAUUUCCGGAUCCAACGGCCGAUGAUACACUAAUCCCGCCUUCCGACGUGAUGCUGGAGCAAGAGCUGCUUCGAAACCCGGACAACUUUCGCUCUUGGACCUCGUAUAUCGACCACAUCAUCGACACCAACGUCGUCAAGCGUCCGCCGCCAGAUGUCUCCUUCACCAAAUAUAAAGCUUCCUUGCUUGGACCACUUGCUAGUAGCUCCCAGCGCAUAGCAUUACGGCGAAUCACCAGCAUCUACGAACGUGCACUAGCUCAGUUCCCAACACGCUACUCGCUCUGGCGUGACUACCUGCAAAACCGGUCUCGUUUUGUCCUGGGUGAGCCAAAAGGCGGAUUCGAAGCCAAACGUAAGCGCGACCUGCAAGCUGCUCGCGAGAAGAUCGACUUCGGCUCCACCCUGGUGGACUCGCAGGAGGAAGAUGACGACUUUGGUCCCGCCUACCGUGGAGGUCUCGACGGUGUGGUCGGGUGGCAGGAAUGGAAGAGCUUGGCUGCGCUGUACGAGAGAGCGCUAAUGUGGCUUCCAACAAUGCCUCGUAUUUGGCUCAACUACCUUGCUAUGUUCUUGCAUCCGCAAUGCCCUCCCACGCUAUCAUAUUCGCACGCCCGCCGCACCUUUGACCGAGCAUUACGGACAUUACCAGGAUCGCUGCAUCUUCGCAUUUGGAAGCUCUACCUGCGAUGGGCAGAACGUCGAGGCGGGGAGACAUGCCUACGAGUCUGGCGACGAUACUUGCGUGUCGACCCUUCGUUGACGGAAAGAUACGUUUCGAUACUGCUCGCACAGACGGAGGAUGAACAACACACCGAAGAGGCGGAAGAUGAAGAGGAGGCGGAAGAAGAAGGCCAAGGCCAAGGCAGGCGUACAGGUUCAAAGGCUCUCGAAGCGUCCAAGCUGCUUUUGGGACUCGCUCGAAGUGCCAUGGAUGGGUCGUACAUCAGCCCAGAAGGCAAAAGCCCGUAUCAACUCUUUAUCGAAUGGUUAGAGCUGACAGAGAGAUACCCUGAAGAAAUCGGUCUCGAUCCAGCAGAAGAGAAGGAGUCUCUACAUGACAAGAUCAAAUCAGCGGUAGCGACCACAUCAGCAAAUGGCAAGACCACCCAGCCGCAGAAUCGCCGCGGCAAAGGCAAAGCGACAGCAGCAGAAUCAUCAAAGAAGCAGCCUACGUCCAACGAGACCGAGACAGAUCCUCGCGAUCACACCCGCCUUAACGUGACAGCCAUCAUUCAGAGUGACGGCUUGGACCGAUUUGCGGACCAAUCGGGUCGGCUGUGGACAGGCUUGGCGACCUACUGGAUCAAGCGAGGAGAGUUUCAGGUCGCACGCGACACAUUCGAAGCCGGUAUGAAGGCAGUCAAGACUGUCCGCGACUUCACACAGAUCUUCGACGCCUAUGCAGAGACAAGCGAGAACGUGAUCGCAUUCAUGAUGGACGAGCUUGCCGAUGAAGGGGGAGACGAGGAUGCUGAUGAGGAUGACGAUGAACAAACGAGGGAAGAGAAAGAAGCGGAAUUGGAUCGUCGCAUGCAAGAGUUUGAGGAGCUGAUGGAACGCAGGCCUUUCUUGGUCAAUGAUGUCUUGCUGCGUCGCAACCCAGAUGAUGUGCAAGAGUGGGAAAAGCGUGUCAUGUUGUAUGGUGACAACGAUGAGAAGAUCAUCGAGACUUACCAAGAAGCGAUACAGAAGAUCAACCCACGCAAAGCCACGGCCAACUUCCAUCAACUCUUCCUCAACUUUGCUCAAUUUUACGAGUACGGGGGAUCCGCUGGUCUCGCGAAGUUGUCAGCAAACGGAGAGGAAGAGGAUGCAGCAGCAGCAGAGGAAGAGGUCGAAGGCGAUCUCGAAUCGGCACGCAAAAUCUUCGAGAAAGCAGUCACCAUUCCCUUCCGCCGCGUGGACGACCUCGCCGAAAUCUGGUGCGAAUGGGCCGAGAUGGAGCUGAGAGACUCUAAUUACGACGAUGCGAUCCGCAUCAUGGCACGCAGCGUGGCACCACCUCGCAACACGAAAGGCGUUCAGUAUCACGAUGAGACGCUUCCACCACAGACUCGGUUGUUCAAGUCGCUCAAGCUGUGGAGCUUCUACGUCGACCUGGAAGAGUCGCUGGGGGAUGUCGAGAGUACCAAACGCGUCUAUGAAAAGAUGCUGGAACUCAAGAUUGCCAAUGCGCAAAUCAUCAUCAACUACGCAGCGUUUCUGGAGGACAACAAAUACUUUGAAGAGAGCUUCAAGGUGUACGAGCGCGGUGUCGAGCUGUUCAUGUAUCCUGUCGCUUUCGAGAUCUGGAACGUCUACCUCAGCAAGUUUGUCAAGCGAUAUGGCGGUGCCAAGCUGGAACGCGCACGAGACCUGUUCGAGCAAGCCUUGGACAAGUGCCCCGCACGCUUCUGCAAGCCACUCAUGCUUAUGUACGGCAAGCUGGAAGAGGAGCACGGUUUGGCGAAGCGCGCGAUGAAGAUCUACGAUCGAGCAACACAAGCCGUCUCUACCGACGACCGUUUCGAAAUGUUUGUCUUCUACAUCGCCAAAGCAGCGGCCAACUUUGGCCUGGCCGCGACGAGACCGAUCUACGAACGCGCCAUCGAAUCACUGCCGGAUCGACAGACAGCCGACAUCUGUUUGCGUUUCGCAGAUCUGGAGCGGAAGCUGGGCGAGAUCGACCGGGCGCGUGCCAUCUAUGCACAUGCAUCACAGUUCUGCGAUCCACGCACUCACACCGAGUUCUGGAAGCAGUGGAACCAGUUCGAGAUCGAGACAGGAUCAGAGGAUACAUUCCGCGAGAUGCUGCGGAUCAAGCGAUCGGUGCAGGCGCAGUUCAACACGGACGUGUCGUACAUUGCUGCUUCAGCUGUCACCUCUGCUCAACACAAUCAGGCACAGCAGCAACAACAAGCACAGAGCAACGGCGCGUCAGAUGAUGUCGAUAUCAACGAUCCCAUGGCAAAGGUGGAAGCAGCCUCGAGAUCAGCAACACGCCAAGCUGCGUUCGUUGCUGCUAGCAGUACUGCGAGCGGUGCUCGAACAGCCAAUGCGGACAACGGCGAUGGAAGCGAGAACAAGAACGAGGAGGUGGUUGGUGGCGAUGACCAAGACGACGAUGAUCUGCUGUAG